GUUAUAGAUUAUUUUUUGUAUGCCAAAAUGAAUCCUAGUUUUGAAGAAAUGUGGAAUGGUUCAUCCUCCCCAGAGAAUGCAACCACGGAUGUGAGCAAUAUAUUUGCAUCGAUGCAACCAUAUCAGGUGCCCUUUGAGAAACCCACGGGAAGUGAUGCCCAAAUGGUAUCAGCCUAUAAGGCGGUACACACGUGGAACAUCUUGGAAGCACCGAACGAUCUGGAGAUGAUACAGUCGAAAACAAUUUGCAGGAAGUGUAUGUUGCACACGAAAGUGUGUCGACAAUUUGGCCAUAAUCUCAAGAGAUACGAGACCGAGUUGCAUAUGGCCAAGCAAAUGAAUUUCAAUCAAACCAUAUAAAAGAUGGAAUUUUAAAUUUUGGAAACUUGUAUUGUAUUAUGUUGUA